AGCAAACAAAACAACUUAUGCUACCAAAUUCAGUUGACGGCUAAUUACCUACAUAAGUCAUUUAAAAUUAAGCCAGUUAAAAUAAUAACAAGUCUGUUCAAAAUUGCGUAAAGUAAUAAUUCUUGCAUAAAUUUAUACUAACAAUUAAAAUGGUUGGGAAACAUCUCAUCACGAGGUUUGCAAGUCGUGGUGCUUUCUCCACUGUGGGAAAUGCAUACCCAAAUUAUGGAGUGCGAGCUUUCUCCGUGUCACCAAUAAGACGAGAUGACGUUGAUGUCACGGUCGAAGGAGGAAUUCGAACCAUUACGAUGAACCGACUCAGCAAACAUAACGCCAUCACGGAUCAGAUGUAUCGCCAAAUGGGAAAGUCUCUCUUGGAAAGUAAUCGUGACGAAGCCACUAAAAUUGUAGUGAUAACCGGCGUCGGAGAAAAGUACUUCACUAGCGGGUAUGACCUCAAAAAUCUUAUUCAGGAUUACAAUAAUCGCGUCCCUGCCGGAGCGAAUGGUGCCACGGUUUUUAUCAGCUCUCUCAUCGAAUGUAAGAAACCACUGAUUGGACUGGUUAAUGGGAGUGCGGUCGGAAUCGGGGUCACUUUAUUGGCACAUUGCGAAGCAGUUUAUGCAAGUGAUCAGGCGCAUUUUAACACACCUUUCAUCAAACUAGGGAUUCCUCCAGAGUGUUGUUCUUCCUACCUGUUUCCUAAAAUAGUCGGUCACGCCAAGGCAGGAGCUUUACUGCAUUUUAAUGACACCUGGACUGCACAAGAAGCAUACGAGUACGGUCUCGUAACUCGAGUAUUUCCACAAGACAAAUUUAAAACGGAAGCUUGGAAAUUGGUGAAAAAAAUGGCGGAGCAUCCAGCCGAGACCCUGCUAAAUUCCAAAGCGCUACUGAGAGACAAAGAACGUCCCCUACUUCGUAAGGUGUUUGAAGAGGAAAAUUCCAAAUUCGAUGUUGAAGUGGUUGGACAAUCAGCCAUGAAGUUGAUCGCAUCCAGAAAGUGAAAGUCGCGUCAUCAACCCUAACUUUACUGCUCAGAUAUUACCGUAAUUAUGUCGCUUAUAAUGUCCAAACAAAUCAAUAAUGACUGCUA